UGAUUGGAAUUGGUGGAAACAAACAUUCAAUUUUCGUUCGCUUUCAGAAGCAAAUAGAUAGCCAAGCGUAUUGCUUACACUUUUCAUCGAUUCUGUUGUAAUUUGUAUUUAGUGGUGAUAUACUCUAUAAAUUCUACCUUGAAAUAUUCCAGAUGAACAUUACCACAAAGACGGGACUGAUCGCUUCACCGCGGAAGCGCAUCGUGCGUCCGCAGAAGGAGUUCGAUCCCGCCAUACUGGCACCGUGCGCCAUUACGCGCCAAGUGCCGUUGGCAUUGCGACCCUUCGGCGGUUUGUACAACCCCUACUCGAAAGGCUGCUCGGUGCUGUGCAAUCAUCCGGCGGCCCAGGAGGUGAAAAAUGUGGUCCGACUAGCAAAGGACGCCUGGAUUACGGAGGCCAAGGUGGCCAAUUUGCACGGGCAUGGUGGGCCGGCGGGCGCGGCCACAGCGGCGAUGAUGGAUCGUACCGGUGCGGCCCUGGUCGAUGCGGACGGCAAGGCGCUGCCGGGUGACAGCACCGAACUACCGGAUCACGUGCCGGAGGAAUUUUUUAGGCGCUACACUGACACGGAUUCGAGACCGCUGACGCCGACACCGACGGUGGCCAGCGGUCGAACGCGUGCCAGUGUGGGCGGUUCGCAUCUGGCGCGCCGGUGCGUCACGCCGGAACCGCAGACCGCCAACGGGCAGGAGCGCAAACAGCUGAUACUGGACCUGCGUCGCAGCCACAGCCAGGAGACGCUCUACUGGAAUGCGUCUUCCGAGCUGAGCCCGAGCCAGCUGCAUGACGGUGGUGGUGGUGGUGUUGGUGGCUUAGCGCUCGGGUAUGGCGGUACCGGCGAACGGGGAACCGGUCUGACCGGGUCCGGCGGUGGUGUUGGUGCAGGUGGUGGGCCCACGGCCCAGUCGGCCGUCGCGGACGAUACCGGACGUACCGCGGGAGUCGGCGGCGCGGAGGACAUGAAGCUGCGCGGUGAAUCCGAUACCGAUACUGGUCGGGCGCCGCCACAACCGAUGACCUGUAUCAACGCGAUGGACGAUGGGGAAGAGGACCCACCGAGGCGGCGCGGUAAGCGGCGCAAAAAGUCCAAGCAGCUUACGCAAACGAUCAGCUUCGUGCCGAACCAGGAUCCGGAAACGCAGAUCGCCAAAAUUGAUCCGGACUCGCCGAACUACUCCGCCCGGCCGUCGCUAGUGCCGACGGGGAAGAACCUACUCUGCCUAGCGCAGGACCUAACACCUCCGGCCGGUUUCGGUGCGGGUGGCAAUCAGGACGGGGUGGGGCAGCCAGCCGAGGAGGAUUGCUUCCUGGACGAUGAAUCGCUGGGGUUGUUACGCCGGGGUCUGAACAUUGACAUCGUCGAGAUGAUCUUUGAGCGCUAUAAAGGACGCGCUAUCCGGGAAGCCUUUCGCACAGCGACGAUGGACAAGCUUAACUUUCAAACCGAAGCCGUAAGGACGCUACAACGUUCGGCCAAACAGCUCAGUGACGUUGACUACGAGAAGUGGAUCGAUCUGCCGCGGAAGUACUCUAGAUCUUCGGCCCGUUUCGAGCUGCCUAUCGAUACCCGCAAGCUAACCCGUAUGACCCCGAUAGAGUACCUGCACGAUUACGUUGUGCUGAGCGGCGAUCGGAAGCAGCUGUACCAUCGGAUCUUUGCACGCAAUCUACCCCGAGAGGAACCGAAAGCGUCCGGUGCGCUGGAAAGCGUUGACAGUGACUCACUGCCCGAAACGGAAACGGGACCGAUCGAGGUAGAUAGCACGCGAAAUUUGCUGGCCGACGUGACCAGAUACAUACCGAUGAAUUGUUUCGAUAAGGCGCUCCACGAAGCUCUUGGGUUUCAUGGUACGCCGGAACGAAUUGCCGCUAUUCGGGAGCUGCUGGAACUGAACUACGACCCGUUCAAUGAGCUGCAGAUAGAUUUCAGGACAUGGUGCGGAAUAGUGGCGUUUUCGGAACGGUUCAUCAAUACACUUGACCGCGAGCAAGAUCCUUGUGAUGAGGUAUUGUACGAUGUUUCCGUCUUAGCAGAGUUAUUGGAAAUUAUCGUCCAUGCUUUUCACUUCUACUCUUUUAGCUGGAAAUGGUGGAUUUUGAAUCGCUCGAGAGACGUGUUCGGUGGGCCCGACCAUCUGAAUGCCUCUGUCAAGUCCUGCAAAUCAUCAAAUACCAUUAAAACCUUGGGAUCUCGCUGGAUUGCCACGCCAGUUGUGUUUGCACAAUCGAUUAAACAACGAGAACAAAGGAGAAACAAGUGUCAUGGCUUACAGGGACGUGAGUAUGGAUGUAGGGACGAGCUUAUCUGCUAACCACACGCAGUGAGAUCUGAUUGUUUAGGAUACGGUCCUACGGUUUUGCUGCUAGCUGUAUCCCUAACGGAUCAAUGCUUAACCCGUUCAAUGGACUCUUAAUUAAUCAGGAUAAAGUGAGAAUAUCAUAGCUGAAACGGCCCUCAGGUGUGUUUGUGCAUAUGGGGCAGGUUCGUGGCCUUCUUUUUGGGUUAAAUGGUGUGAUGUGAGUUUCAAAAGUAGCUACACAAGGGUAACUGACCUGAAAAUGGUGACUUUAAAGCGUGUUAAUAUAGGAAUAGACGAAGAUUUAGCUGGUUAACGUUGUGGAAACACUUUUUAUAAUGUAAUUGAAAGUCUUUUAAAGUGAAAAGUACUGC